AUGGUCAAAACUCGCAGCAGCAAAAGCGAAUAUUCUGGUACUCCGGAGGCAAGACGAGGUAGGGGCAAGAGCACUGGAGGAAGUAGCAGAAAGCCGUCUCCUGCUGUUGUGUCUGUGACUGGCUCUAGCAGGAAAGUCAAGAACAAGGUUGGUUCUCCUGCACCGAGGAAGAAAUCUCUCUUUUCUGAUGACGAAGAUGACUACGAUAACAAGGGCUACAGCAGUGACGAAUUCAACUUCGGAGAGGAGGAAGACGAGCUUGGCGAACAGUCUGACAGCAACCAUUCGGUGUCCACAACUGGAUCUGGAGCCCGCAAGAGACUGCCGAAAAACGUCCUAAAAGCUGUGCUCACUGAUAUCCAGCACGAAGAAGGGAUCGACGUGUUCCAUCUAGCCUCUCCACAAGCACUCCGCAACAUUCUAGACAAGCGACCUGAGUUGUAUGGCAAUCGAAGAGACAUUACUCGAGUAGCGAUUGGAAAGAAGGUUAUCAAGUGGAGAAAGAAGUUUCACGAAUCCAAGGAAAGCUGGAACCAACAACUGCGUGAUUUGGGCAUCACUGAGAAGGUGAAGCCUGUUGCUGCAAGAGGAGCGGCUGACAAGCCUGCCGCUGCAAAAUAG